AUGAACGGGAACGAGUGCUGGGGGUCCGCGGGAUUGUCCCGGGAUGCUCGCGAUCCGGACAGCCCGGUGCCCCCGCCGCUGCCGCGGCCCGUGCCCGCGGGCCGGGCACGCUCGGAGCCCGCAGCCAGCCCCGGUCCCCGCCCGGCUCCCCGCGGCCACCGAGCCCCGCCCGGGGAGGCUCCGGAGCGCUCCGUGCCCGCGGCGCUGCACCCCCUCUCCCCAGAGCCGCGCUCCGGCAGCGACAUCGUCCAUCCCAUCAAGGUCGACGAGAGCGGAGCCUUCCUGUCCUACGACUUGUCGCACCGGGCGCUCCACCGGAGAUCUCCGGCCUCCAGGAGCCAGCUCCCCGCCUUCUACGAGCUGCAGUACAGGGGGCAAGCCCUGAAAUUCAACCUGAGCCUCAACAGGCACCUGCUGGCCCCGGGCUUUGUCAGCGAGCGCCGUUUCGGGGGCAUCGCGGGCGCCAAGAUCCGGCCGCGCUCCCACAACCCGUGCCACAUGAUCGGGGAGGUGCGGGGCCCGCGGCAGGCGGGGCUGGCUGCCCUCAGCACCUGCGACGGCCUGAAAGGAGUGUUUCAGCUCAUGGACGAGGACUAUUUCAUUGAGCCGGUGUCCAGCAGCCGCCGGGAGGAGGGGGCAGCCCAGCCCCACAGGAUCUACAAGCGCCAGGUGCCCGAGGCCAGGGCCGCGCAGGGCAGGAGCCCCCCGGCCCCGCGGGAGCCCUGCGGCGUGCCAGAGUCUCAGGAGAGCCUGGAGCGGUCUGAGGGGCGCAGGGAGCGGUGGGAGCAGAAGCAGCACAGGAGGAGGAGGAGGAGGAGGAUCAAGCAGCGCUCCAUCAGCAGGGAGAAGUGGGUGGAGACGCUGGUGGUGGCAGACACCAAGAUGGUGGAGUUCCACGGCAGUGCCAACAUCGAGAAGUACGUGCUGACCGUCAUGAACAUGGUGGCAGGGCUGUUCCACCACGCCAGCAUCGGGAACCCCAUCAACAUCGCCAUAGUGCGGCUGAUCCUGCUGGAGCACGAGGAGGAGGACCUGAAGAUCUCCCACCACGCAGACAACACCUUGAAAAGCUUCUGCAAGUGGCAGAAGAGCAUCAACGUGAAGGGAGACUCACACCCCCUGCACCACGACGUGGCCGUGCUGCUCACCAGGAAGGACAUCUGUGCUGCCAUGAACAGGCCCUGUGAGACCCUGGGGCUGUCCCACGUGGCCGGGAUGUGCCAGCCCCACCGGAGCUGCAACAUCAACGAGGACACGGGGCUGCCGCUGGCCUUCACCGUGGCCCACGAGCUGGGACACAGUUUUGGGAUUCAGCAUGAUGGAAGCAGCAAUGACUGUGAGCCAGUUGGGAAAAGACCUUUCAUCAUGUCUCCACAGCUCCUGUAUGACACGUCCCCACUCACCUGGUCCCGCUGCAGCCGCGAGUACAUCACACGCUUCCUCGACCGGGGCUGGGGGCUGUGCCUCGAUGACCCCCCGGCCCGGGAGCUGCUGGACUUUCCCCUGGUGCCCCCGGGUGUCCUGUACGACGUGGGCCACCAGUGCCGCCUGCAGUACGGCCCCUACUCCACCUUCUGCGACGACAUGGACAGUGUCUGCAGCACGCUGUGGUGCACGGUGGGGAACACGUGUCACUCCAAGCUGGACGCAGCUGUGGAUGGCACAGCCUGCGGGGAGAGCAAGUGGUGCUUCAAUGGCGAGUGUGUUCCCGUGGGCUUCCGGCCCGAGCCCAUCGACGGCGGCUGGAGCUCCUGGAGCGCCUGGGCCUCCUGCUCGCGCAGCUGUGGGGCGGGAGUGCAGAGCGCCGAGAGGCACUGCAGCCAGCCCACGCCCAAGUACGGGGGCCGGUACUGCCUGGGCGAGCGCAAGCGGUUCCGGAUCUGCAACGUGCGGCGCUGCCCCCCGGACGGGCCCUCCUUCCGCCAGGUGCAGUGCAGCCAGUUCAACCCCAUGCUCUACAAGGGCAAGCUCUACAAGUGGACACCGGUGCCCAACAACAUGAACCCCUGCGAGCUGCACUGCCGGCCCGAGCACGAGUACUUUGCGGAGAAGCUGCGGGACGCCGUGGUGGACGGCACGCCCUGCUACGACAGCGACGCCAGCCGCGACGUCUGCAUCAACGGCAUCUGCAAGAACGUGGGCUGUGACUAUGAGAUUGACUCUCACGCCGUGGAGGAUCGCUGCGGGGUGUGCCACGGGGACGGCUCCACCUGCCACACCGUGCACAAGACCUUCGAGGACAGCGAGGGGCUGGGCUACGUGGACAUUGGCAUUAUCCCCGUGGGAGCCCGGGAGAUCCGGAUUGAGGAGGUGGCAGAAGCCGGGAAUUUCCUGGCGCUGCGGAGCGAGGACCCCGAGAAGUAUUUCCUGAAUGGAGGCUGGACCAUCCAGUGGAACGGGGACUACAGGGUGGCAGGGACCACCUUCACCUACAAGAGGACAGGCAACUGGGAGAACCUCACCUCUCCAGGGCCCACCGUGGAGCCCGUGUGGAUCCAGCUGCUGUUCCAGGAGACCAACCCCGGGGUGAGGUACCAGUACACGAUCCAGCGCCCGGCUGACAGCGAGAACGAGAUUGAGCAGCCCGAGUUCCUGUGGCGCUUUGGCUCCUGGACCACCUGCACGGCCACCUGUGGGACAGGGGUGCAGCGGCAGGUGGUGCACUGCGUGGAAAGGCUGGCGGGGCUGGUGGAGGAGCGGUUCUGCGAUGCCCUGACGCGCCCCGACGACCAGCAGCGCACCUGCAGCGAGGAGCCCUGCCCGGCCAGGUGGUGGGUGGGUGAGUGGCAGCAGUGCUCAGCCACGUGUGGCCGGGCAGGGCUGAUGAAGAGGACGGUGCUGUGCAUCCAGAGCGUGGGGCUGGACGAGCAGAGGGCCCUGCAGCCAGCGGACUGCCAGCACCUCACCAAGCCAGAUGCCACCAUGCCCUGCCACCCAGAGGUCCCCUGUCCCUCCCCGUGGGCUGUGGGCAACUGGUCUGAGUGCUCGGUGACCUGUGGGAACGGGACCCAGCGGCGCCCGGUGCACUGCAGCAACAGCACCGGCACCCCGUGUGACCCUGCCCGCAGACCCAGCCCCGAGAGGGCCUGCUCCUCGCCGCAGUGCCACCAGAGAUGGGACAGCACCGACUGGUCUGGCAGCGGCUCCUCCAGCAGGGAGCUGUUCAAUGACAUCCAGUACGUCCCCAGCAAGCACGUGCCUCAGUUUAACCCCUUCAUCCCGCACGGCCCGGAGUCCAACGAGGUCAACGUCAUCACCGAGGAGGACUUCUCAGCCAGGAAAGGAAACGUCUUUGUGGAUGACUUUUACUACGAUUAUAACUUCAUCAACUUCCACGAGGAUCUGUCCUACUACCCCUUCACGGAGAAGGAGAGCAGAGGCGAGGGGCCAAGGGCAGAGCUGAGCACGGAUGGCACCGAGGGGCCCUGGGAGGCGCCCACCGAGGCCCUGCUCACCACAGAGCUGGGAGCAGAGGGCCAGGGGCAGCCAGGCCCCCGGGAGGAGCACACCUCUGCCCCUGUGCGUGGGCGACACACAGAGCCUGGGGGUUCGGGCAGGAACGACCUCCUGAGCGUGGUCCCCGAGGAUGUGGGAUCAGCCGCUCCCAGAUACACCACCCCUGCCUUUCUGGGGCAGCAGGAGGAGGAGGGUGCAGUGCCUGUGCCCCACUCUGAGCACCCCCCGCCCACCCAGAGCUCCAUGGGCCCUGACUCUGCAAACCGCGGCCACGCACCCUGGGAUGAGCCCCAGGGAGCCGUGCCCAGCAGGAGCAGCCUGGGGCAGGGUGUCCCCGCUCCCUGGGGUCCCCACCCUGCCGGUGUGGGCUGGGGCGGUGCCCGGGUGGACGUGUCCCUGGGGCCAGCAGCACGGGGCAGCAGCGAGGGCAGUGUGGGCACACAGGGGCAUGGCACUGCAGGGAGAGGCCGUGGGGACUCCAGGGAAAUGGCUCUGGCCACCAGCAGUGACAGUCCUGGUGCAGCCCCACAGCCCAGCGAGCAGCACGGGUGGGCAGGGGUGCCAGAGGGGAUGCUGGACACGCGGGCAGGAGGGCAAUCACAUGGCAUGCAGAGGGCAGAUCUUGCCUUGCCCACCCCGCAGGGCCCGGGCUGGGGGGUAGCAGGGAAUGCUGGCAGCCCCCACCCUGUCCUGAGCCCCCCUCCUGUGGGUGCUGAUGGGGCUCCCGUGGGGCAGGGAGGGCUCCAGCCAGAGCUGCACGGCCCCACAGCCCCCACCUCCACCCCCUCUAUGGCCACAGCAGCCCCUGCAGUGUCCCUGUCCCCUGCCAUGGCCGGGCCAGCCCCCCAGCUCACCCCCAGGGGCCGGCAGGGUGGCCUGGGCCCAGCCGUGCCCACAGCCCCAGCUGCCCACAGUGCAGGGUCCCCCCGGGAAUGGGGGGCACAGGGGGUGUCCCUGCACCCGGAUCCGGCAUUGUCCCACACCGAGCUGACCUCCCAUGGGACCCCCCUCAGCAUCCCUGCUCCGAGGGACCCCUCACCAUGGGCACCCCCAGGGAUACCAACAAAGGAUCCCUCACCGUGGGCACCCUCAGGGAUACCAACAAAGGACCCCUCACCAUGGGCACCCCCAGGGAUACCAACAAAGGACCCCUCACCGUGGGCACCACCAGGGAUACCAACAAAGGACCCCUCACCAUGGGCACCCCCAGGGAUACCAACAAAGGACCCCUCACCAUGGGCACCCCCAGGGAUACCAACAAAGGACCCCUCACCGUGGGCACCCUCAGGGAUACCAACAAAGGACCCCUCACCGUGGGCACCCUCAGGGAUACCAACAAGGGACCCCUCACCGUGGGCACCCCCAGAGACAUCAAUGAAGGACCCCUCACCAUGGGCACCACCAGGGAUACCAAUGAGGGACCCCUCACCAUGGGCACCACCAGAGACAUCACCGACAGACCCCUCACCAUGGGCACCACCAGAGACAUCACCGAGGGACCCCUCACCAUGGGCACCCUCAGCAGUGUCAGUGAGGGACCCCUCACCAGACAUCAAUGAAGGACCCCUCACCAUGGGCACCACCAGGGAUACCAACGAGGGAUCCCUCACCGUGGGCACCCCCAGGGACAUCAAUGAGGGACCCCUCACCAUGGGCACCACCAGAGACAUCACCGACGGACCCCUCACCAUGGGCACCCCCAGAGACAUCAACAAAGGAGCCCUCACUAUGGGGACACCUGCCUCUGGUGACGGGGGGCAGGAGUUGUCCCAGCCCACCCCUUUGUCCCCCCCGCUCUGGGAGAAGAGGCUGGAGGAGGAGGAGGAGGAGGAGGAGGAAGAGGAGGAGGCUGUGCUUCCACCAUCACCCUCUGCAGCAGCCACUGCCAAGCCCAGCUGGGAGGUCGGGAACUGGAGUGAGUGCUCGGCCACGUGCGGCCUGGGUGCGGUGUGGCGCUCGGUGCGCUGCAGCAGUGGCGCUGACGGUGGCUGUCCCAUGGCCGACAGGCCCGUCCCCGCCCGGAGGUGCUCCCUGAGACCCUGCUCGGCCUGGCGUGUGGGCACCUGGAGCAAGUGCUCCAGGAGCUGCGGCGGGGGCACCAAGGUGCGGGACGUUCACUGCGUUGACACGCGGGACCAGCGGCUGCUGCGGCCCUUCCACUGCCAGGCGGGGCUGGCACAGCCCCCGGCACAGCUGCCCUGCCACAGUGCCCCGUGCCUGGACUGGUACACGUCCUCCUGGAGAGAGUGCUCAGAGCCGUGUGGCGGCGGGGAGCAGGCCCGGCUGGUGACGUGCCCGGAGCCGGGGCGCUGCGAGGAGAGCCUGAGGCCCAACAGCACCCGGCCCUGCAACAGCCAGCCCUGCACCACCUGGGUGGUGGGCUCCUGGGGACAGUGCUCAGCUCCCUGUGGAGGGGGCAUCCAGCGGCGGCAGGUGAAGUGCAUCGACACCAGGAGCGGGGUGGCCGAGGAGGACAGCAGCCUGUGUGACCACGAGCCGUGGCCAGAGAGCACCCAGAAGUGCAACCCGCAGGAGUGCGACAGCUCCGAGCCAGGCGUCCCCUGCGAGCGCGACCGCCUGAGCUUCGCCUUCUGCCAGACGCUGCGGCUGCUGGGCCGGUGCCCGCUGCCCACGGUGCGUGCCCAGUGCUGCCGCAGCUGCCAGCCCGCCCUGCCAGCGCCGGGGCGGCAGCGCGGCCAGCAGCGCCUGGCCCGCAGGUGA